UGAGAGUGCGAUGGGGCUGAGGGCCGGAGUUGCGGAGUAGCGGCUGCGAGUGGGCGUGUUCGCUGCGAGGUCUGGCCCGAGGGCUGGAGUCCCGGGAGUUUGGGGAGCAGGUCAGAGGGCGCUGAGAGAGCCUGGGGUCACCCACCGCUCGUCGCCCCCAGCCGGUAUGUCGGCCGAGGCCUCGGGCCCGGCGGCAACGGCGGCUCCAUCCCUGGAAGUCUCUCAGCCCUCGGGGACGGAGCCUGGCUCUGCCGCCUACGGUCUGAAGCCCCUGACCCCGAACGGCAAGUAUGUGAAGCUGAACGUGGGGGGCUCGCUGCACUACACCACGCUGCGGACCCUCACCGGACAGGACACCAUGCUCAAGGCGAUGUUCAGCGGCCGUGUGGAGGUGCUCACGGACGCCGGAGGUUGGGUGCUGAUUGACCGGAGCGGCCGCCACUUUGGUACAAUCCUCAACUACCUGCGGGAUGGAUCUGUGCCACUGCCAGAGAGUACCAGAGAACUGGGGGAGCUGCUAGGGGAAGCCCGCUACUACUUGGUCCAAGGCCUGAUUGAGGACUGCCAGUUGGCUCUGCAGCAAAAGAGGGAGAACCUAUCCCCGCUGUGCCUCAUCCCCACUGUGACAUCUCCCCGUGAAGAGCAGCAGCUCCUGGCCAGCACCUCCAAGCCCGUGGUAAAGCUGCUGCACAACCGUAGUAACAACAAGUACUCCUACACCAGCACUUCAGAUGACAACCUACUUAAGAACAUCGAGCUGUUUGACAAGCUGGCCCUGCGCUUCCACGGGCGGCUGCUCUUCCUCAAAGAUGUCCUGGGGGACGAGAUCUGCUGCUGGUCUUUCUAUGGGCAGGGCCGCAAAAUCGCCGAGGUGUGCUGCACCUCCAUUGUCUAUGCCACGGAGAAGAAGCAGACUAAGGUGGAAUUCCCAGAGGCCCGAAUCUUCGAGGAGACCUUGAACAUCCUGAUCUAUGAGACUCCCCGGGGCCCAGACCCAGCCCUCCUGGAGGCCACAGGGGGUGCAGCUGGAGGUGGUGGAGCAACCCGAGGGGAAGAUGAAGAGAACCGAGAACACCGGGUCCGGAGGAUCCACGUCCGACGCCAUAUCACCCACGACGAGCGUCCUCAUGGCCAACAAAUUGUCUUCAAGGACUAACCUUUGAUCUCUCCCCCUGCCUUCCUCCUGCUUCUAGGACCCAGUCUCCAUUUCUUUUUUCUCCUCUCUUCAGACUUUUGCCCCGGCUCUGCUGGCCAAGUCGUGGGUCUUUCCUUCUGCCACUUCAUUGCAUGGUACAGUUGGCUCUUUCCCUUCAUUUCCAUUUAUAGCUAAUAACACGGUACAUUCCAGCCCCUCCCUUCAGGCAGGGCCCCUCAGAGGGCUGAUGUUCUCCCCCACCGUCCUCAUUCAUGUCCUCUGGUCUUUCCCUCACAGCUGGUGUACAGCAAUUGGAAUUCCCCUUCUCUCUCUCUGUUUCUCUCUCUUCCUCUCUCUCGCCCUCUCACUCUUUUGUAAAGUACAUUGUAUGUAUUCAAGUAUUGAGCCAGCCCUUAGUAACAUCCACCAAGUUCUGAGUUCUGAGCCACCUCCUACUCCAGCCUCCCUCCUACCCCCAUCAUCCUCCCUACCUCCUUAACGGUGUACUAAGCUGGCCUGGUCCUGCUCCAGCUCAGCUAUUUUCUUGUUCUGUUUCAUAUUAUUUAUUAUUUUAAUUUUCUAUUAAAUUAUUGGAAUAAAGUUGAGUUAAGGCACUGCUCCUGGCUUCCAGGGAGACCCUUGGGAGGACCAUGUCAAGGAGAUACCUGGCUACUUUUACCACAGAAGACAAAGGAGCCCCUGCCCCAAGCACUUCCCUGGGCUGGUAGCUGGGAAGAAAGCAGUCAGGAGUUGAGAGAGGAUUCAGAAUUUAUAUUUCAAGGCUCACCAG